UUUCCCAGGAACAUCGUGUACAAUCUUAGCAUAUACGAUCUGAGUGAGCAGACGCGGUUAGUGUGGUACUCUUCGGAGGAUGACAUCAAGAUGUGCGUGAUGAAAGGCAAAGACGAGGAUCUCUGCCAGAAUUAUAUCCGCGUGUUGGCACUGCCAACGCCCGGAACGCUGCUCGGCUGCGGCACCAAUGCAUUCCGGCCGCUGUGCCGGGUGUACGGCAUCAACGGCAACAGCUACUCCGUCGAGUCGGAAAAACCGGGCCAAGCCGUCUGCCCGUACGAUCCGGCCCACAACUCGACCGCGGUCUAUGUCGAUAACGAACUCUACUCCGGCACGGUGGCUGACUUCAGCGGUCUUGACCCAAUUAUCUACCGGGAACCGCUGCAGACCGAGCAGUACGACAGUUUGAGCCUGAACGCGCCCAAUUUCGUCGGAUCGUUCACGCAAGGCGACUUUGUCUACUUUUUCUUCCGCGAGACGGCCGUCGAGUUUAUCAACUGUGGCAAGGCCGUCUUCAGUCGAGUUGCACGGGUGUGCAAAUGGGACAAGGGAGGACCCCACCGGUUCAAGAAUCGCUGGACCACCUACCUCAAGUCCCGGCUAAACUGCUCGAUGCCGGGGGAUUUUCCGUUCUACUUUGACGAAAUACAAUCGGCGAGCACGCUGGUCGAGGGUCGAUAUGGCAACGGGAACGCCAAGCUAAUCUACGCCGUGUUUACAACGUCAACCAAUGCAAUUGCGGGCUCGGCGAUAUGUGCAUUCUCGUUACAGGAUAUCGCCGACACGUUCGAGGGCAACUUCAAGGAGCAAAGUGGAUUAAACUCUAAUUGGCUACCUGUUAACCCAUCGAAGGUUCCCGAUCCGCGGCCCGGUUCGUGCCACAACGACUCCCGGACGCUGCCCGACCUGACGCUCAACUUCAAAAAGACGCACUCACUGAUGGAUGAAAAUGUGCCAACAUUUUUCGGUUCGCCGCUCCUGUCCCGCGUCAGCACGGUCUAUCGGUUCACCGCCAUCGCCGUCGAUUCGCAGAUUAAAACCCCGGGCGGAAAAACGUAUGAUGUGAUUUUCGUCGGUACAGAUCACGGAAAAAUCAUCAAAACUGUGAAUGCAGAAUCUGCCGACUCGAGCAAAAAAGUCUCCUCGGUUGUAAUCGAGGAAAUCGAUGCCCUGCCAACGAGCGAACCGGUGCGGAGCCUGGAGAUUGUCCGGACCAUGCAAUACGACACGCCAAAGGACGGAAGUUAUGAUGAUGGAAAAUUAAUUAUAGUCACCGAUACAACCGUGAUAGCGAUUAAAUUACACCGUUGCAGCAGCGAAAAGAUAACAAGUUGCAGUGAGUGCGUCGCGCUGCAGGAUCCGUACUGCGCCUGGGACAAGAUUGCCGGCAAGUGCCGAUCGCACGGGGCCCCGCGGUGGUCGGAGGAGAACUACUUCUACCAGAGUGUGGCCACCGGAGACCACGCCGCCUGCCCCUCGGGGAAGAUGCCCAAGGACGCCAACGUGGAGAAGCAGGGCUAUCGAGGCGACAUCGACUACGACCCGCAGCGUCCAAGCAAAGACCAACCGGGCAACGACAUGAUCAGCAUCAUGCAGGACAAGAACGGCUACGAUGACAAGGGCGGCCCGCAGAUCACGCCCGAUCUGAUCAACGCCCAGUACACGGUCGAAACGCUGGUGAUGGCCGUCCUGGCGGGGGCCAUCUUUGCCCUGCUGGUGGGCUUCAUCACGGGGUACUUCUGUGGCCGGCGGUGCCACAAGGACGAGGACGACAAUCUGCCGUACCCGGACACGGAGUACGAGUACUUUGAGCAGCGCCAGAACGUCAAUCGUAAUUUGACUCUUUGCAGGAUACAAACCGAGCCGAAGCUGCUGCCGCAGGUCGAGGAAGUGACCUACGCCGAACCGGUGCUGCUGCCGCAGCCGUCUAGUCAGAACAAGAUGCAACACUCGCCAAAAAAUACACUGCGGAAACCGAUGGUCGGAGGCCAUCAUCACGCGGGAGGUGGCGUCAACUCGGAAACGCUAUUCCAGUUCCAGCCCGAUGGCUACAACGCUCGUGACAAUUACCGAGGUCGCGACAACUUCGGCACCCUCCGAUCCCACCAAGGUGAUAAUUAUCGUCGCGGUGACGGAUUCUCAACAACAAGAAGUGUGAAAAAAGUGUAUCUCUGAGACGGGAACGGGGCGGCUGAGACCAGCCAGGGACUAAUUAAUCAAAAUAUGGUCCUUAAUACCACCACUCGUAACAGAAGUCUCGGCCGAAUGAAAAGGCAGCCGCCCCGGCAUGGCAUAGUAACACAACAUCGUUCUGACAGUCCCCAGAAUUCCAGUUCCGGAUCUUCCCCAGUCAUGUCCAAC